AUGGCGUUGUUGCUUGUUUCUCUCGUGGUUUUUGUGAUCUGCAUGGCUUUCGUGGAAGGAGCAUACCUCGGUUGCUUCAUUGACAAUGCCGACCGACUAAUAAAAGAAAACCGAUACCAUGAUUCUCAACUUACUACAGACCAGUGCAUUCAGUAUUGUUUCCAGCACGGCAACAUUUUAGCCGGCACACAGUUCAGUACACACUGCUUUUGUGGAAAUGACAUUGAUAUGACUCAGCUAACCACAGACGAUGCGUGCAGCCAGGCCUGUGGUGGGAACCAGAGCGAGACUUGUGGAGGAACUUGGAGGAUGUCUGUUUACAGCAUAGAUACUCCCACAACAAUAUCAGAUAUUCAGACCACUGCAGAUACUCAAACAACAAUAUCAGAUAUUCAGACCACUGCAGAUACUCAAACAACAGCAAUUCGGAAUACGACAGUCCAGACAUCAAUAGCAGAUAGUCAGACCAUUGCAGGUUUCGAAACAACAGAUAUUCAGAACAUAACAGUCCAGACAUCAAUAGCAGAUAUUCAGACCACUGCCGAUACUCAAACAACAGAUAUUCGGGACCCUACUGUCCAGACAUCAAUAACAGAUAGUCAGACCACUGCAGAUACUGAAACAACAGAUAUUUGGAAUAUUGCAGACAGGAAUACUGUCAUUACCACACUUUCGGUUGAAACUGGGAACAGUACCUUAAACUGUACCUGUUGUAAAAACAAAUGGAACAAAUCAACAAAACUGUCAAGGGAACAACAACAGAAAAUAUUGUAUCAGCUACAAUCCCUGCUUACUGUUACGAAAAAGUCUACGUCUAAUUUUAAACGAAAAUUUAUAAGCGAGCAUGAUUCCCGGCCAAGCAGCAUCGCAAUCGGUUAUUUCGCGGGUGUCGUCUUAUCCGUGAUUACUGGAGUGAUUGUUGUCCCCGAUUUCACCCGUAUGGUCUUGCACGUACGCAAACGGCGUGGGAGCCAGAAGUAA